AUGUGUUCGAAAAUAGGCGGAAAAAGAUGUCCUAGGCGUACAGCGUGCAUUGGUGUGGUGGUGUUGUUCCUGUUGCUGACCAUCGCGCCGGUGCGUGGCGAGGGGGCGGGCGGCUGGGAGGGUGAGGGUGGCGGUGCGUGGCGGAGCCCCGCUGCUUUGCACCCCAUUGCGGCCGAAAUGCGGCCUUUUAUGCGUGAGAUGAUAGAGCACGCCUUUGGUUCCUACAUCAAGUACGCCUUCCCAAAGGACGAGUUGUGCCCGGUAAGCGGGUCUGGAAAGAAUACCAUGGGCGGCUACGGGUGGACACUGAUCGACGCACUCGACACACUGGCAGUUGCUGGGCUGCAUACGGAGUUUCGCCGCUAUGCGAAGUGGGUGGAGGAACAUGUGAGCUUUGACAUUGACGUCACCGUCUCCGCGUUUGAGACGACCAUUCGAGCUCUUGGCGGACUUCUCGCGGCGCACUUUAUGUACGAAGAAGGUGUGGUGGCGGUUGUGGCCUCGGAGCACAACUACACGGGUGGGCUCGUGCGCCUCGCUGUGGAUCUUGGGAAUCGGCUUCUCCCGUGCUUUAACACCAGCACCGGGAUACCGUAUGUAUCCGUGAAUCUUCGGCACGGUGCUAACAGACUGGGUGGAACGAGCACCACCACUGCUGAUGCUGGUACUUUUUUGCUGGAGAUGACCGCUCUGUCUGGGGUCACAGGCGACGACAGGUAUGAGCGAGCUGCCCGGCGUGCCUCUGAGGCUUUGUUCGCAGCUCGAAGCCCUCAGACAGGGUUGAUGGGAAAUCACAUUGAUAUCAUGACGGGAAAAUGGUUCCUGUCUGAGUCUCACGUUUCUGGAGGGAUAGACAGCGCCAUUGAGUACUUCAUCAAGUCGCAUGCCAUGACAGGAAACAUUGGUGAUUGGGACCGUUUUGAGCGGACGGUGCGGGACGUGAACCAGUACAUCAGAAAAGGCGGGAUGCUGACCACUGUCGAUAUGGACAGCGGUCAACGGAGUAGAGCCACUCAUGCAUCACUGUCCUCCUUCUUUCCUGGCAACCUUCUUCUUGGCGGCCAUCGCACAGAGGCCACGGAGAGCAACUGGCCGAUUCACAGCAUUUUCAAGCACUUUGGGGCGUUGCCAGAAGACUUUUCUUUGAACGAUGCAGAUCCCUCCUACGGCUACCCGCAGCGUCCCGAACAUGCGGAGUCUGUGUACAUGCUGUACCGCGCGACCCAUGAUCCUGCAUACCUUGUGAUGGGAAGGGAGCUGGCGUUGGCGAUCAACUUGCGUAUGCGGACUCCGUAUGGCUUCUCCACGCUGCAAAGAGUGAACCUUCCCCACAGUGAUCAACACCACGGCGACACGAUGGAGAGCUUCAUGAUUGCAGAGACGCUGAAGUACCUGUAUCUUCUCUUUGAUGAGUGCAACGUGGUGCACGUUCAGGGGAAGCUCCGUGGCAGCGUCCCGCCAUAUUGUGCGGCUGUGGAGGGAGGCAGCAGUAGGGGGAGCCAUGUGGGGUGGGUGUUCAACACCGAGGCGCAUUUGUUUCCCAACACGGCUGAGUGGUGGGGACCCAAAGCUGUUGAGGAAGCAACGAAACAAGUGGAGGUAUCAGGGGACACGCUGAUGGCACGGCGUAUGGAGGUGAUUGAUGGCCUCAUUGAAAACUUUAAUGCGUUGAAGAGCAAGGGCAAAAGCGAUGGAUGGGCAAAUACCAUUGAGCACCAAUUUUCCUGUGCGAAUCACGCCAUAACUGACGUUGAACGGAUUUCAAAGUCUAUAUUUCGCUGA